UUUAGCUUAGCAGAUGUUGGGUUUCCUUGAUGUAUGAAUCCCGUAGGAAAAUAGUGGUCUGAUCUGUCAAGUUUUGAUAUUGUAUAUUCCAAUUUGAUGGAAGUUGUGGGGUUCUUUUUGGUUUUUGUUUAUUUCGUUUAGGACUUGUUAAACUGACCACAAAGUUCUUAUCUUGUCUGAUACAUGACAGCUAGUGUGUGCAAUUGCAGACAUGGAUGGUGGUGCAGGGCCAAGUUUGUUUCCAUUGCACCGAUGCAAAACUCUCCAUCUGGACAUUCAAGUUUGCCUUCUUUCUUGGCUUUUGUUCGCAACUUAAGGCCUUGUGGUCUUUUAAAACCAUACAUCCAGGUGAGGCACGGACAAGGAAUCCACAAUGUAGAGGGAGAUAAGAAUUACAAGGCAUACUUGUCUCCUGACUACUUUGAUGCACACCUAACUCCACUAGGCUGGCAGCAGGUUGAUAAUUUGCGAAAGCAUGUUCAUGCAUCUGGGUUAUCCAAGACGAUUGAUUUAGUCAUUACAUCCCCAUUGCUAAGGACUAUACAAACUGCUGUUGGAGUAUUUGGUGGUGAGGGCUAUGCAGAUAAGGCGGAUGUACUGCCUCUAAUGGUGGCGAAUGCGGGAAAUAGUGGCCGUGCUGCAAUCUCAAGUCUUAAUUGCCCACCAAUCAUAGCAGUAGAGCAUUGUCGAGAACAUUUGGGAGUUCACCCUUGUGAUAAAAGGAGAAACAUCAGUGACUAUCAGUUCCUUUUCCCUGCAAUUGAUUUUUCUCCGAUAGAAAAUGACGAGGAUGUAUUAUGGAAGGCCAAUAUUAGAGAGACAAAGGAAGAAGUUGCAGCUAGGGGAUUGAAGUUUAUGAACUGGUUGUGGACAAGGAAAGAGAAGGAGAUAGCAAUUGUUACCCACAGUGGAUUCUUGUUUCAUACGCUAACUUUGUUUGGAAAUGACUGUCACCCUUUGGUGAAAAAAGAAAUAUGCAAACACUUUGCGAAUUGUGAGCUUCGUUCUAUGGUCAUUGUUGAUAGAAGUAUGGCAGGUUCAGAUGACUCGACAACUAAUUAUCCAGGAAAGAUACCUUCUGGGCUUGAUCUCCCAAGUGAUGUUGCGGUCGAGAAGAAAUUGGAGAAAGAAGAGCCAGAUUCUGGAUUUACAUAGUAAAAGAAGUGCCACAAGUUUUAAGUGGUGAGCAAGGAGUUCCAUGAUAUGAUAAAAAAAAAAAAAAAAGCAUUCUUCCAAGCCCUGGUUUCGUACUAGACAUUCCAACAUGUUCUGCUGGUAUCUUUAGAACUUAUAUUCAAAUAGAGGAGUUUGAAUCUGAUUAAUCAACGAAGGGAUGAACAUUGAUUCCUUUUUUAAUGAAAAUUGGAUGAACUAGAUAAUUAGGUGAUAGAGACACUGUAAUAGAGUCGAUAUCCGGAGCAACUCAAGCCAAUCUACGACUGUUCAUCACCAUACCCUUCCUA